AUGCAGCGAUUCACUCGACUUUCCCGGCCUCUCAACCGAGGCCUGCUUCGAGCCUACGCCACCAAGGCGUCGCCCGAUACCCAGAUGACUCAGCAGACCUUGUACGCGUCCGAUCCCGAGAUCGCAGACAUCAUCAAGAAGGAAACCGACCGGCAGAUCGGCUCCAUCACCCUGAUCCCGUCGGAAAACUUCACCUCGCAGGCCGUCAUGAACGCCCUGGGCUCCGUCAUGCAGAACAAGUACUCUGAGGGCUACCCUGGCGCCCGAUACUACGGUGGUAACGAGUUCAUUGAUCAGGCCGAGUCUCUGUGCCAGAAGCGAGCCCUGGAGGCGUUCAACCUGGACCCCAAGGUCUGGGGAGUCAACGUCCAGCCCCUGUCUGGUGCCCCCGCAAACCUCUACGCUUACUCCGCUGUCAUGGAGGCCGGUGACCGACUGAUGGGCCUGGACCUGCCCCAUGGAGGCCAUCUCUCCCACGGCUACCAGAUCCCCUCCAAGAAGAUCUCCUACAUCUCCAAGUACUUCAACACCAUGCCCUACCGACUGGACGAGUCAACCGGUCUCAUUGACUAUGACACGCUCGCCAAGAACAUUCUUCUUUUCCGACCCAAGGUGCUGGUUGCUGGAGCUUCCGCCUACUCUCGUCUGAUCGACUACAAGCGAAUGCGAGAGAUCGCCGACUCUGUGGGCGCCAUUCUCAUGUCUGACAUGGCCCACAUUUCCGGUAUGGUUGCCGCUGGCGUCAUCCCCUCGCCUUUUGAGUACUCGGACAUUGUGACCACCACCACCCACAAGUCUCUUCGAGGCCCCCGAGGUGCCAUGAUCUUCUACCGAAAGGACGGUGACCGAAACCUCGAGGAGAAGAUCAACUUCUCCGUCUUCCCCGGCCACCAGGGAGGUCCCCAUAACCACACCAUCACCGCUCUGGCCGUUGCGCUUGGCCAGGCCAAGUCUCCCGAGUUCAAGGAGUACCAGCAGAAGGUUGUCGACAACGCCCAGGCCUUCUCCAAGGCUCUGUCUGACGCCGGCUUCAAGCUUGUUUCUGACGGAACCGACACCCAUCUGAUCCUCAUUGAUCUGAAACCCUUUUCCAUUGACGGUGCUCGAACCGAGAUGGUUCUUGACGGUAUGAACAUUGCCGCUAACAAGAACACCGUGCCCGGCGACAAGUCUGCUCUUGUGCCCGGUGGUAUCCGAAUCGGUACUCCCGCCAUGACCACCAGAGGUUUUGAUCAGUCUGAGUUCGAGCAGGUUGCCAAGUACAUUGUCAAGGCCGUCGAUAUUGCCAAGCGACUCAAGCAGAAGGCUGUUUCCGAGGGCGUCAAGAAGAUCUCCCAGUUCCGGCCCUACGUCGAUGCUGAUGCCGAGGUCAAGGAGCUCCGAAACGAGGUCGAGUCCUGGGCCAAGAAGUACCCUUUCCCUAUUGAUCCUGCUGGAUACAAAUAG